UUUGCAACGUUGAAAUAUAAAGUCUGAAAUGAUAUUCUAGUCGCCCACUUGCUCUAUUUUUUUUUUUUUUAUAAAGUUAUUUUAUUUUUGAGAAUACUAACAGCUCAUACCGCAGAUCUAACCACCUUAUUUUCAGGCGAUGCAGGAUUUAACAGCUGGUCUGAGCACUUUUUCCUUUGACUGUGGACUGACGGAGGACCAAGAGGAACUGCUCUCCCUGCGUGCGCGCUCCGCUGCACUGAGUAUCUGUGGGUGCGCGCACGCAGUUUUUUGGUGCCAGCUUGCUCACUCCUUGAGAGGGCUGAUUAAUAGACAUACCACACAGAGAGUUGCACUGGCAUCAGAGAGAGACAGUGACCUACGCGUGGGGAUACUUGGAUUGGGUCACACUGGCAAACAGCUGCUCCUCUGCCUGCUUGAAAAGACCGAUACAAAACCCUCACACAUUAAGAUCUCCACCAGAAGACCAGAAACUGCAGCGGAGUUUGCGCAGAGUGGGGUUGAAUGUUACUUUGACAAUGGCCGACUGGCAGCAUGGGCAGAUGUGCUGUUCCUCUGUUGUCUGCCCUCUCACCUCCCCAAAGUGUGCGCCAGCCUCCACUCCCACCUGCCACCGCGCUGCCUCAUCUACAGCUUCCUCUCUGCUGUGCCUGUUACCAGAUUGGCCCGGCUGCUGGGGCACAGCUUCGUUCUCAAACCACAGUAUGACUUCAGCGCUUGUGACAGGGCUGAUAUGUGGCCGGCCCACGGUCAGCUGAUCACGGCUCUGAACGACCCUUUGUUGAUAGAGGCGUCUUGUCCUCUUUCAGUGAGCGGGGGCAUUUCUCUGGGUGCAAGCUGGGUGUAUGCAGUGCUGUACAGCCUCCUGAACAUCUGCACCUCUGCCAGUCUGGGAUCCAGGGAUGCCCUCGCUCUGAUCAACAGUCUUUUUCUAUUGAAAGAGCCCAACACAGUGGAAUUCAAUGCACAGAGUUAUGUCAAUGCAUCUUAUGCAUCUGCACUGAUGCCUGAUGAGCCUUUCCCCUGGAUUACUCUGACUGAUGCCCAGACCAAGGAGACACCUCUGUCACGCUUCCUAUCAAGAAGUAAAUCUGUGCAAGAGGCCAUCUCUGCAGCAUACAAAGCACUAUUGGAAAAAAAAGAAAUGAGAGACUGGGGGAUGGAUAAAUAAAUAAAUGCAGUCAAAGGA